CGAGAAGCACACACACGCAUUAUUUUGUUUAUGUUUAUUUAGGCCUUGAGAAGUUACUGACUGGUAGUCCAAGACAGAUUUUAAACGAUUGUUUUUCUGCACAUAGCUGUCUACUGUGACUGGUUUCCAACAUAUUUUAAAGAUGUCAUCAUUGGAAGUUCGUGCUAUGCUAGGAAACGCAGAAAACCCAGCCCCGUUGGGAAAAGUCAACCUAGCUGGAACGAGAAGAGCUGCACUUGGAGAGCUAUCCAACUUUCCCAAUGCCACCAAAGCGGUUCCGUCCAAGAAGACUGUUCCUGCCAAGGCUUCCAACAAACACUGUAAUCAAAACGUCCAGCCAGCAGCUAUUCAACAUAAACGUGCGCCAGUUCCUCAACUACCUCUGCCUCAGGAGGUGGCCAACGUGUCAAUGAAAGAAGAGGAAUUGUGCCAGGCGUUCUCCGACACACUACUUGCUAUUGAAGACAUUGAUGAAGGGGAUUCAGACAUGCCACAACUAUGCUCUGAAUAUAUAAAAGACAUCUAUGGAUAUCUGCAUACCCUUGAGGCCCAGCACACUAUUCGGCCCAAGUACAUGGAGGGCUAUGAGAUCAAUGAACGUAUGCGUGGUCUCUUAAUUGACUGGCUUAUUCAAGUGCACUCCAGGUUCCAGCUACUACAGGAAACUCUCUAUCUGACUGUGGCCAUCCUGGAUCGCUUUCUUCAGGUGCAACCUGUCAGCCGCAAGAAGCUCCAGCUUGUUGGCGUGACUGCAAUGUUGGUGGCAUCCAAGUAUGAAGAGAUGUAUUCCCCCGAGGUUGGCGACUUUGUUUACAUCACAGACAAUGCGUUCACCAAAGCCCAGAUUCGGGAGAUGGAACAGCUGAUUCUGAAGAGUCUGAACUUCGAGCUUGGACGUCCUUUACCCCUACACUUCCUCAGGAGGGCGUCCAAGGCUGGCAAUGCGGACGUUGAGAAGCACACACUAGCAAAGUACCUCAUGGAACUGACUCUCCUUGACUAUGAUAUGGUGCACUACAACCCGUCUGAGGUGGCUGCUGCUGCCUUGUGCCUCUCCCAGCUGCUGCUUGAUGGUCUCAAAUGGACUCCAGCCCAGCAGCAUUACUCCACCUAUGAUGAGAACCACCUGAAGCCCAUUAUGCAACACAUUGCUAAAAACGUGGUUUCUGUCAACGAGGGGCGAACAAAACUUCAGGCUGUCAAGAACAAGUAUGCUAGCAGCCGACUAAUGAGGAGUAGCCUCCUGUCUCAGCUGAAGUCUGCCAUUGUGGAGGAAAUGGCUGCCGCUCUUCUCCCGGACCGUAAAAUCUGAAGUUACACCACGUGUAUAUGGCCUGUCUUAAUCCGCUGCACUUUAUUUGUCAUGAACAAUCUUGUUGGUGGCCUUUUUGGCCUGCUUUUAUCAUGUAAAUAUUGGUUUUUAUGAAUAAACUUGUUCUUUAACUAUUUUAAAUUUG